AUGAAACAAAUUAUUAGAUUAAUAACUACAUUAUUAUUAUUAUCACUCAUUGGUAUUACUUGUGCAGCAGUAGCCAAACUUCAUGAAACAGAUAAAAAAUUUAAAGGUGUUGAAUUGCCUGAAAAAUUUUUAGAUGAUUUUAAUUUAGAGGUUGGUAAACUUCAAUAUGCAAAUCUUUUCCGUUCUAAAAAAGAUGAUAUUACACAUUCUGCUGGUGAAAUAAGAAUUGAUCAACAAGGUUCAUUUUCAAGAGGUGAAAAAAAGAAAAAGUUUAAGGUAUACAAUCUUCAAGCUCAAACAAAUGGUAAAUCAAGUAAAACAGUUGCUCAUGUUGAAGUAUUUGAUACAAUUGAUGCAAAAACAAAAGCUGAACAAAAUGAAGUAUUGGCAUUAGCUAAAGAAGCAUUCACAAAAAGUAAAGAUUCUGGAAAAUUAUAUCAAGUUAUUCCAAACUAA